CCGUGGUGCAGUGCUCCGGAUAAUCUUUGACCAUCUGCGGAUCUUUAACGCGCACGGUACACUUUCGUAGUGUUGUUGCAUUCCGCCCCAUCGGAAUGCGGUCGGGAUCGAACCCGCGACUUCUUGCUCAGAUGCGCAACGCCAUAGCCCCCACGGCAGGUGGCUCGGUGACUGUGUAUGCGAGCUGGCACACAGUCAGAAGGCGGGGCUGUGCAAUUUGGUUGCACGACUUGAAAAAAAGAAAGCAAAAGCGUUAUGCGUGGUGUAAAAAGCCGCUGCAGGCACAAGGCCUGGAGCAUAGAGUUUCAUGCAAUAAUUACAAGAGGGAACUCUGGUGGCGCUAGUGUCUACGGGAGCUGUAAUGGGAACGGUUGAGCUAGCAUGGGAAUUAUGGGAAGUACAUGGAUUUGCCUCAACUUCGUCCUUCUGGCUUCAAACGGCUUCGUGACUUUGUAAAUUAAAAAUUUUCACCUAAGUGUUGUGGGAUAAAUAAUUAAAGAAUCGGGCCUGUACUGCACGCACACAUGGGAACCCCAGGGGAUGUGACGGAUUUUCGGCAUUUGUUCUUUGUUGUCUGCUUUGUCCAUACGUCCGCGCACUCGUCCGAGGUCUUUCGAUGACACACCGAGACGAACGUGUCUGUCUUUCCUGCUGUCAGGGGACACGCUGCGGCCACCUUAUGCCUGCCAAGAGCCGAUCACCGCGCCAGUGUACCCAAUGCACUCGCUUAAUGAAUAUACACACACUACCUAGAAGUUGCUUUGCCGCACUGCAUGAAUCUUCUGUCAACGGAACGUGGUCUUGGUGAUACGUACGAAAAGACACGCAAGAAGGAUUUGUCCAAAUACGGCUGCUCAGAGACAUUUUCUAUAUGCGUGCAUGGAAGCCACGCUAACGAAAUUUCAUCUCAGCCUGAGCGUUCAGACUGGAGUUGAGUUGUCCGCAAUUGCACAAGCCGGAUUCAUAAGUGCAUAUAGGAUGCAUCUCGACGAACACAGCUGCAUGCUGAGGCAGCGAGAAAAUACACGUUUGUCGCGGCUCCUUUGAGCCCCUGCAUGGUCGCAGCUGAUAAUGAUACUUCGUCAGCUCACCACUUGCUUUUUUCUCACGUAUUACCGAUUAGCUUGUUCAGAAUGUCAGAUGAAUGUCCAACGGUGGUGAUGAUGAUGAUCCUCUACCGCGACCCGUAACCGCCAUAAGAUUCUUCUUCUCACGCAUUGUAAUGCUACACUACAGCGUGCGGAAAGGGACCACGCUGCAACGGUGAAAAAAGGCUCCCUCCUUUCCGCCUCUCCUUAAAAAAAAAAAAAAAUGACUCUACAAUGCGUUGAACAAACCACGGAACGUAUCCAAAGCAAAGGAGAAGCGCACCGAGUGACCACGCUAUACUGCAGGUAGGAAGGGCUUUCACGGGUUAGGCUGAUGGUUGUCUAUCGACACAUGCUUCCAAGCCAACGCGUUUCAGCCGAACAACCGACCACGUAUGGCAGGCUGUGUGUACGAAAGAUGCCGUUGCCGUGGAAAAAAAAUGAAAACAGGGCCGGCGAGCGGCGCGCGUACACACACGCGCGGCCGCCGAGCGAAGGGGAACGACCAGGGAAAAUAGGUGAACCCGAGAAAGUCGGUCCUCCUCCGGCGCGCGCAGCCGCUGAACCCGGCGGCCGGGAGAGUGUGCGAAAAUAGGGGAGGGAAAAAGUGGACCCCCCCCUUGCCGGCGCGUUUUUUCCAUUCCGUCUCGGCGGCGAAUGAAAGUCCCCUCAUUGCCGGUCGUGCACGCGCCGCCGGCCACGCUGACGCUUUUGCCGCGCACCGGACCGGUCGCCUGCAGCGAGCGAACUUCGUGCGCGGCCCCCGAGCAGCGGCGCGCGAGAGUGCAUCGCGAAAGGUUGCAGCGACGUGCCGCCGGACCGCUAGUGGGAGGAACGGUUGCCCCCCCUCUUGGCUCGGCUCUUCCCAGUGUGUGCCUGUGGGCGGGUGCCCGUCGGUGAACGUGCGCGUCCGACCGCAGCCUGAAGGCACUAGCUUUUAACAUCUAAUCGCCAGCCACGAGUGUGCACCAAGAACCUGGAUUCAGUGGAAGUCGUAGCCGUUAGCAACGCCACUGCUCACGUCGCUGCAAUCCCGAGGAGCGGACACUGCCACUGGAGAGGCCAAUGACCAACACUGCCAGCAACCUGUAGGUUGGACGUGUGUGUGUGUCAGGGCAACUUGUUCCGUUGACUGGGUCUGCCGUGUGGGCAAGUACUUGGUGACUGCAAAUGUGCGUUUCGGCCCUCGGCUAGCCCCGGUGCCAGGUUCCGACCACUAUACUGCGGACUUGGAAACGAAGUCGUCAGUACACGAGUUGCCUCUGAGGCUAAGGAGCUGGAGGGUUCCGCUGUCAUCGAGUGACGCAACGAAGCUAAGAUUGACGGACGAAGUCCUGUCGCCUUUACGCACGUGCUGUCGGAACUCCCCCAAAAAAUCGGUCCAAUUUGCGUACGCGACGGACCCCGGCCGAAGCAGUGAUUGAUCGAUGGACACGCAUCAGUGCGCAUAGGUUGUCAACGCUCCCGGACGAAGGAAAAAUAGAAGCGCCACGUGACAGCGGCGGCUACUGUUGUGGCAUGGUUGUGGUUUGACAGACCGCUGGCACCGCUCCCAGCGCGGCGGCUACAGGCGCGCCGUCAACGUGUAUCGCGCCAACGAGGGACACCGGCGAUUUUCACCCGGCGGAUGCUGGAUUUGGCGCCCAACCGAAACCGCCGCCCUCACCCCUUUCGACUUUCCGGGAAGGAUCGAGGUCUGAUUGCGUCGAAAUUCAAAGCAACCGUAAUGCGGUCGGCCUCCAAGCAUAACCUCCGGCAGAACGGACCGUCGUUUUCUUGGACAAAGCCAUGCUGAAACUGCUGCUCAACCACUGGCAAGAGUCGUACCACAAGGCUCCGACCAGGGUUACCAGCGAGGACCCGUUGCUCUGCACGGACCUCGCCAAGACUCGACCGAACGAGGAGUUCCUCGUGUCUAGGGUUAACCCGGUCUUCGUAGACUCUAGCAGUGACGUUUCACCAAGUAGCACAAUCAACAAACCAUCGACGUCCACCAGGACUACUGCUGACGUCCACAGUUCGCAGGACGGGGAUAACGAAGCCGCUUCGACGUCCAAGGAUCCCCCGAAACCACCUGAUCCACUGAGAGGGGCCGCUGAAUCAGCUUCCACGUCAGCUGUUGCAGAAACGAAUUCUAACUCCGAAGCUGCUUCGAAGAUAGACACGACAGAUUCGGAAGUUGUAGUGACAGCUGACAGUGAUAAAAAGCCGAGCGAGUCGCAGCCUUCGGAAGGCGACUCACCAAAGGACUCACUGGAGACUGACAGGUCCUCUUCACCGAAGCCCUUGGUGGAGCUUCGCGGGUGGCAAGAGAACAAGCCGGAGGACAGAGUGCUCGACCGCUUGAGAAGUUCGGGAAGGGCGUCACUCAUCACGAAGGAAAAACUCAACCUUGUAGAGAAAGUGAUCGCCGAGAGACUCGGCAGGAGGAUUCCGGAGCCCGGCAUACGUAAGACGAUCGAACUCCUCAAGAACGAGUCAGCACCCCCGUCCCCGCAGCAGACGCUUCUACCAGCUGCAAAGAGAGAGCAAGUCGAGGCAGGCCUUGAGCAACCUUCCACGUCAGCAGCGCCUCCGGAACCGUCUCCUACAAGCAGCGGUGACAGGCAGGAAAGUCCCGUGCCAUCUAUCACACCUCCGCCGCCGACUUCAACGGAGGAGACAGCGUCUGUUGUCGACGGCAGCGUCCAAGCCGAAGCAAGCAAGACCCCCGAAGCCCCUUCUGAAGCGGGAUCCUCAGUGGCGUCAGCGUCUGCGCCCAAGGAAGAGAGCUCGGAGACAGUCAGCAUGCCCAAAAUUGAGGACGCCCAUUCAGACUCCAUGACGGAUUCGUCCAACAGCAAGAAGGAGGAACGCAAGACCGGCAAGUCUUCCGGUCCGUCCACAUCGGAGGACAGCGGCAUCACGCGAGGCGACCAAGUCUACUCGGAAUCGGGCCGACGCAAGGUUUCGACAAAGUCUGAUUCCUCGGACCAGAGCAGCUCUGAGGCCAGUAGAGGAAAGCGCCACCGCAGAAUUAAGAAGGACUCGUCCCGGGACAGCACCAAGAAGCGGCACAAGUCGUCCUACAAGUCUCGCUGCAGCUUCUGCAGCAAGACAGCCAAGAAGUCCCACCAGAGGAAUGGCCGCAAGCACAAGCACCGGAGCAUGACCGAGUCCGGCCUCGUGUCAGGCUCCGGCUCGCUGUCGGACCUGGCCUUCGAGCACCCGUGGCUGAGCGACAGCUGCACUGCCCUUUGCCGCCAGAAGCGGUCCUCCAUCACGUGCAUGGAGAGCUGCAGGGACUACCCCUGCGAGGACUUCCACAACGCCGUUUACAGGUAUCCCGGGGGCCACCUUGGCUGCGAAGGCUGCAGCUGCAUCCGGGCUCCGUUCCCCGAGUGCUGCCGUUGGGGCGACGUUCCUCGCAGCCGCUACUCGUGGAACGGCAGCGAGGCGGCUGCCGUGGCGGCGGCUGGCGGACACCCCCUGUGCGCUUGUCGCAGGGCGCACCCCGUGUUCUCGUCCAGGAGGAAAGUCAAGUUUGCCCACAAGUCCAAGGACUCUCUGCAGCAGAAGACUGAGUUGAACGAAGACGAGGAAGAUGCUGAUCAGGCAUCCGGCGAGGGCAACCCCGACUCCGCCACCAAGUCGGACCAAGGGAGCUUCGGCGAAGUGCCCGCCAAGGAGCCCCCAUCCAACGGCCACAUUCUGGCUGAGAAUGGCUUGCUGGAGAAGCAGCAGGGGCCUCCGGGACCCCCUUACGCCUGGGAGGAAUGGCGGCGAUACAUGCGGGAAAAGACUCUUCGCUCCCGCCGCAAGAGGGCGCUCUGCAUGGGCGUCAUCGCACUGUCCAUCAUACUGUUCGUGGGCAUCUCAGUAUCCCUGGGCCUCGCAUACUUGCGCAGGAAGUUCUGAAGCGCCGCCAGUGUGCAGAAUCCGGACCAGUCGAGGGAUAUAUAGCCGCUGCGCUGGCGUUUCUGCGGAGCACGUCCCCUCAGUUCGACCGCGGCGCUUACGGCCAAGCCCAUUGUGGUACACGAGUUCAAUGCACAGCAUUUAUGCUCUUCCAUAAGGUGGAAGUAAAAGACAACGCGGGAAAAUGUUUGAGAUAGCAAGAUGACAGGACUUAAGAUCGCAUGUCAUCCGCAGGUUCCGGCGCAUCGAGCGUACUGAAUCGGCUUGAUGCAUAGCACGUGAAGAGCUGGAUUUCCACAAUCCAUCAAUAACGUAUCGCGGGUGAAAUUGUGAGCCUUUCUUGAUUGGUUUCUUUGCUAUAGUUUCGUGUAGAUAUUAGUCAAAUUGAUUACUGCGCACUGCGCUUAUUGCUUUCACUUUGAUUCCAAAAGCCUAGAAACGCUUAUAAUUUCUGAAUUUUUAGGCAUAAAAAUCUAACGCAGCUCUUUACAAGCCCCGAUGUGCGAGUAGUCUAUUUGGAAUGUGCAAAGCACGCCCGCUUAUUCGCUCUGCGCGAGAGAUACAGAGACUCUUUGCCAACAAGAGAAUCUGGAUGUAAUACCUUGUAAGGAGCCUUGUAAUACCAUUACCAGAAAUGCAGAGCGACACAAGCAGCUACUGCUUAGGAGUGUAACAGAGUGCAGCCCCCGCUAGCCGCAAAAUUAGGUGAACGUACUGUGUAAUCACAGAAAGAAUCCACGACGAUGGCAGUGUACUCGUCCAAUCGUGCAUCCUGCCAAACGACGAGGGAGCAAGGACUCAUCACGGAGACGCAAACAACGUGCGCCUCGACCCCAAUACGCGCGGUCUCCGAGGUCGUCGGGCUGCGCGGCCAGAGUUGGCGAUCAUCGGUGCACACGGACCAGGCCGCCUGGGGAGGAUGGACGCAGCGCUCGUUACCGCGUUACCGUGUGUGUGUUUCAAGACAUGCGCCGCCUCCUUCGAAAGCCAUCGUGGAGCGUGCAAAGCCGCCGACGCUCCCUGCAAUACCCCAGGCCGAACUGCGUGUGGAAGUCAUUCUUUUUUCCCCUCUCUCCUUUCUCACAAGAAAAGACACUAACAAGUGCGUACAUACGUUUCCAAUAGUGGACCGCUUUCCGCCAAGAGCCCUUAAAAGCGGCGGACCGAAUGCACGCCGCUGUGUUUCUUUCUUUCUUUCUUUCUUUCUUUCUUUCUUUGUUGAUCUUUUCAUAUAUUAUAUCUCAAAUGGCCCUCAAUGAGGGGCACUGCGUAGGGGGGAUGGGCUUAUUUCUAUAAGUCCACUCACUAUGUAGCUAGAACUUAGGUGGAUCACUUCGUGGCAAUUGAUCAAACAUGGUUAUGAGGUGUUGUGAUCAUCAUAUUAAGUCAAGUGGAAGCGAAAGAAAAUCAAGAAAUGAAAUCAAUUGUGUAGCCAAGUUCUGAUCAUCAACCAAGAGGUUUGGUUCCGUCAUCAUUUUACUACGUAUCCUAUUUGUGCCAGUCCGGCCAGAGGAACCCUGCAGUAAGCUGUUGAAUGCGCAGAAGAAAGGUGUGUUGUUAGACUUUUCAUCAUACUUGGCGCAGAACGGGUGAGAUUGUUUGCGGAACACGCAGCUGUCAUCGACUUUCAUAACUAGGGAAAUCUGACAAAAACUGUGUGUUGACUUUCCCAGCUAGCCUUGUAGCUAUCGAAGUAUAAUGCGUGACGAAUUGCUGCGCAUUGAGAAGUAGCGCCUGCUGCUUGGAAAUGUAUUCAAGAACCAUCCAUACACUUAUUUGCUGCGCAAUGCCAGAGAGUGUUGAAACUGUCAGUGCUGAAAACGUGGCGCAAACGCGCCAUUGCUAGCACCAACCGGUGUUAGCAGGGACACGCAACUUCUAGAAGUAUUCGCUUCUUUUACGGCCCGGCGUUGUGGAUAUUGUCUCAUUAUCAUGGCCGUCUUGUAACACGCUCGUAUCACGACUCGACCACGAGAAUUGAUUGUGCGUCCCUGUGCUAGGCUGCUUGUGGUUUCUGCGUGCUUGCAGGAAACGAACAAAUGACCUCUUUAGCCAGGUUCCUGAGUUUUUUGCGUUAUUUAUAUGUACUCAGCCUUCAAACAAAUGUGCUGGCGUCCUGUCGGAUACUGGAGAAGUCAGUUGUGCAUGGUUACCCGAGCGCCCGUAUAGGGGCUACACACGUAGGUUCAAUUAUGGAUGCCUAAUGACGCCUGUAAUCAACAACCUGCAGGGAUGAUCCUCGAUCGUCAGCUGAACUGAGGACUGCUAGGACGGCUGACUAUGUAGAAAUUUUCACGGCUAAACGCCACUUGUGUCACAACUUCUCCGGGUAAGGGAGGACAAUAAGUGCCAACGAUAUGUGUACUAUAAGAGACUCGAUUUGGAGUGAGCUUCUGAAUGGCUUGACUAUAUUUCGUCUGCUUUCUAGAGCGCACCUUGUUUUUGCCAGCUCCACAUCGAGGCAGGCGUAACUAUGAAGAAAAUAACAGCCUGAAAAACUUAAAGGAAAGGGACCACUCAAUAUUCUAAGUGACAUGCAGUGAACAUGUACGACUGUUUUUUUUUCGACCACUUAUGUCAGUCACUAUACGGGGUUACCGACGCUCCGAGCUACUAGCGUAGUCACUAGUCCAAGAUGAUGUUAUUACAGGCACACUGUAAGAAGCAUUCAAUGCCUCUGUGCCUGCAGGGUAUAGUUUCGUCCAAGAGUUUUAACUGGUUACUUACUGUGUUGAAUUUUAAUUUGUUGGUACAGUAAUUAUAACUUAAGACGCCUAUACCAGGGAUAUAUGUCUGCCUGCUGCAGAGUUGUUGCUAUCGGUGUGCUUUGUGAGAUGAAAUAAAAUUUUUCUCGCCGUUUUUACAGAA